UAAAACUGUUCGAAUGACGUAACCAAUCGAUGCUGAUCCUCUUUGCGAUUUCACCGCGAGGAUCUGCGAGCACCCUGCUGCGGCAACCUAGAGGGCAAACCCUUGUUUUUCUGCGAUCCUCGCUCUCGCAAACCCUAACCUUCUUUCGGGCGAUCCAUGGGAGGGCACGGAGGGCUCAACAUCCUUCCGCAGAAGCGGUGGAACGUCUACAACUACGAUAACCGCGAGAAGGUUCGGAAGGACGAGGAGGCCGCCGCCCGCGAGGAGCAGCUCCAGCGCGAGCAAUCCCGCCGCCGGGAUGCCGAGUUUCGUCUCGAUCGUCUGAGGGUUGCCCGUGGAAUUCACCACCAGCAACCUACCCCGGUUGACGAUUCUCAUCACUUCAACCUCUUCGAAGGUCUUUCUGAUUUCUCUGCUCUCGGAGGUGCCCGGGGAGAGGAGGCCACUCACUUCGGCAAGAGAUCCAAGAAAAGUGAGGCUGAGGAUAGUGGUACCAAGAGUUUUAAAAGGCAGAAGAGAGAGGAAAGGUCAGCUCCAGUGGCUCCGGAGGACGAAAAGUAUAAGUUAGGGUAUGGAUUGGUUGGAAAGGGGGUAAAAGCACCGUGGUAUCUGUCAGCACCUUCAACCAUGUCGAAGGAUGCAGAUGAGAAAAAUGGGAUUUCCUCAGUUCCAAAUGGAUCAGCGAAGAAGAAUUCCGGGAAAAAGACUAUAGAAGAGUUGCGGGAGGAACGUAUGACGCGGGAAAAUAAAGAGAAGGAGAGGGAGCGCGCGCUUCAUUCAGGUGCAAGGAACCGAGGGUUUUCGAGGAAAAUUAUUAGAAGCAAAAAGGUCACACUUGUAUUGGACUCCUUGUGCUGCUCACUGCGUUGACUUGAUCUUAGAAGAUAUAGGGAAAUUGCCUGAUUUUAAAGCAACAUUGAAGAAGGCAAUGAGUGUGAAUGCUUACAUUUAUGUUCGCCCUAGCAUGGUAAAUAUGUUGAGGCAAUUCACAAGACAAAAAGAGCUUUGUCGGGUAAGUGUCACAAGAUUUGCUACUGCUUUUCUUACUCUUGAAAGGAUGCACCUACAGAAGCAAAAUUUAAGAAAAAUGUUCAUUUCAAAGGAUUGGAUAGAGAGUAAAUGGGCAAAAGAAGCUUCGGGGAAGAAGGUAGCUAAAAUCAUCAUGACACUUAGAUUUUGGAGCAGUAUUGUGCAUAUUUUAAAGAUAUAUAGCCCUUUAGUCCGUGUUCUGAGACUGGUUGAUGGCGAAAGAAAACCUGCAAUGGGUUAUAUUUAUGAGGCUAUGGAUAGGGCAAAAGAAACAAUUAUGAAGGCCUUCAAGGAGAAAGAAGAAAAAUACAAAGAAGUGUUUGAGAUCAUUGAUGCGAGAUGGGAAUGUCAACUUCAUCGGCCUCUGCAUGCUGCAGGACAUUAUUUGAAUCCAGAAUAUUUUUAUUCAUACACAGAUUCAAAUAUCUGUGGAGAAGUGGUGAAUGGUUUGUUUGAAACUAUGGAGAGAUUGGUUUCAAGCGCUGCCGAGCAAGAUAAAAUCACUAUCCAACUCUCUAUAUAUCGAAAGGCAGAAGGGGUUUUUUGGAGGAAUGUAGCAAUUAGACAUAGAAGAGCAUUAUCUCCAGCAGAAUGGUGGGAAUGCUAUGGAGCAAAUACCCCAGAAUUGCAAAAGUUUGCUAUUAAAGUGCUUAGCCUCACUUGUAGUGCUUCUGGUUGUGAGCGCAAUUGGAGUGUAUUUGAGCAGUUAUGUAAUAAAUAUAAAUGUUUGAUACUAUUAGUAUGCUACUUUUAUAAGUAGAAAAUAUUCUUUGAUAUUUUAUUAUACUUAUUGUGAUUGUUGACAUUUUGUAGAUUCACAGCAAAAAAAGAAAUAGGCUAGCUCAGCAGCGCUUAAAUGAUUUGAUAUUUGUGAAAUACAAUCGUGCCUUAAAGCUUCGGUAUGAUGCACGUGAUAAGAUUGACCCCAUCUCUUUGACAGAUAUUGAUGAUAGUAAUGAAUGGUUGAUGGGUAGAAUGGAUGGAGAAAGUGAUAAUGAAGAAGAUGAGUUGGUUUUGAAGGUGAUGACUUGACAUGGGAUGUCGUUGCUAGGGCUAGUGGAGCUGAAGAGCCUGAAUAUUGUACUAGAGGAAAAAAUAUUGCAACCAUGACCUCUAGUUCAAAUGCUAGGCCUAAACAAGUCGAGAAGGGAAAUGCAUCUUCCUCUAUGAGACACUCAUCUCUAAGAUUUAGAGAUGAAGAAGAAGAAGAAGAAAUUGAAUUUAAAGAAGAUGAAGAUAACGAAGAAGAAGAAUACAAUGAGGAUGAUCUUGAGCUUGAUGAUUAAUUUGACUUAUUACGCUUGUUUUGAUGGACUUUGUUAGUUUAAAUUAGAAAGUUGAAAUUUGAAAGUUUGAAACUUUUAUUAAUUUUAUCAUGGUGUUGUUUUGCUUGUUAUAUUUGAUAUUGAUGUGUGUGGAAUAUUAAUAGUUAUCAUAUUUGACAUAGUAUAUGAGUGUGGCAAUAGUCUGGUAAUCAUCAACCUCAUGUUCAAGAGGCGCGCGCCUCGGGCGCGCCUCGCGCCUCGGGCUCUAGGAGCUUUUUGCGCCUCGGUGCGCCUCGCGCCUCUAACAACACUGCUUUAGAGUUGUAGUCUUUUGUUAUCUGGUUUGCAAAGGCGGGAGCAUUCGCCCAUAUUUUCCUUCGGUUCAUAGUAUCUUUUCUAGCAGUGCCAUAUAUUUGUAUAUACGCAUGUUUACACGGGAUUCCUAUUGAAUUACCUACUAAUUACAUCUUGUUGGGUACAUAGUGGCUGUUUUUCUUCAGUGGUUUGGCGCAGAUGAUAUAAUUGGGACGGUCUGAAUCGAUAGUCGUUUAAAUUACUUGAUCAACUGUUCUACAUGACAACCAACAUUUAGCUAUGGCAUAUAACAACCAGCAUUUGU